UCUUCCCUUCACCAGCUGACUGACUGACUGACUUCUGCUUUGGGUUCCGGUUGGCGCAAACGGGGAGGCGUGCGGACUUGAGGAGGGAGGGCUUAAAGCGCUGGGCCAAAAGUUUCGCUUGCCUCGCCUGGACUGGAAGUUUUCAACUCGCUCUCCCUCUGAGGGGAAACAUGGUAACAGCCAGCACAGGCCUGCUGCUCCCGCUGCCGGACCUAUCUGGGCAAACUCCGAAAUAGCCGCCGGUUUUCGCUGUGAGUUAUGGCCAACGGGACCCAGACAGAGCUGUACCUGUCCGAGCGGGUCAUUGUGUUGGGUACCUGCGCUCUGUCCGUCCUGGGCUCCUCGCUCAUCGUCCUCACGCACAUCCUCUGGACGGACUUGAGGACCACCCCGCGGAGGCUGCUGGUGUUCCUCUCGGUCACCGACUGGCUGUCGGCCGUCUCCUACGCCUUCGGAGUCUGGAGCAGUUUCCGCAGCGACUCGGCCCAGUGCGUCGCCCAGGGAGCCAUAUCCACUUUCUCGAACACCAGCAGCUUCUUCUGGACCGUGUCCAUCGCCGUGUACCUCUACGUCUUCAUCGUCCGGUCGAGCCAGAGGGUCGCUGACGGCCUGGUCCUGGUCUUCCACCUGGUCAGCUGGGGCGUUCCUCUGGUCAUCACCGUCACCGCAGUGUGCCUCAACAAGAUCGGCUACGAUGCAUCAGAGGUGUCUGUGGGCUGGUGCUGGGUCAGGAUCGAGGCUCCGGAUCGGGUCCUGUGGAUGCUGCUGACUGGAAAGAUCUGGGAGUUCCUGGCCUACCUCACUCUUCCUGUGCUCUAUAUCUUGAUAAAGAGGCAUAUCCACAGAGCGCAUGCGGCCCUGUCUGAAUAUCGUCCCAUCUUGGCCACCAGACCCCCGUCGCAGUCCUUCUCCUCCAUGGCAGAUGUGAAGCUAACGCUCAUCCCCAUCAUCUUCAUCGUCCUGCGCAUCUGGAGCACGGUGCGCUUCAUCCUGCUGCUGGCUAACUCUCCGGUCAGACAGAACCCGGUGUUGGUCACACUACACGGUAUCGGCAACACGUCUCAGGGAGCAGCCAACUGCGUCAUGUUUGUGUUCUUCACUCAGCCCAUCCGCUCUCGCCUCUGCACUGCGCUCUGCUGCUGCUGCUCCUCCAACUGUCGAGCCGAGGCGCCGCACUCGGACGACACCCCACAGCGGCACCCGGCGAGACGGGACUCGAGAGGAGGAGGAGGAGGAGAAGAAGAAGAGGAUGGCACCAGUGGAGUGCAGAGGGAGAGAUGAUGCUGAACCGCUGAGGUGAAAGAAGCGGUUGAGCAGGAAAGCCUUAUGAAAGCGUGGGAUGGAGAUACUGCAGACGCAUCGUCUCGGUUAUACGCUUGCACUCUGGGAGUUGGGUUGAUGCUACCUGAAUUAUACCGAGCACUAGAUGACUUUUUGAAAUGAUGUUUCUCUUAUGGUUUUUCUGCUAUGUUUCUUGAGUCUGUUACACCAAAUGAAGGACACGUUACUGUAGCGCCUCUUUUUAUCAUGUACUGUAACAAAGUUGCCACUGUGAAGGAACGGUUGGGCAAUCUUCAUAUUUUGUCCAACCGAUUGUGCUAACCAAAUGACAUAAAAGAAAAUAAUCUGCCAAAACAUCUUUACACUGUUGAUGUCACUGAUUAGAAGGUUUCGCAUCACUCUAAAUGUGGCUGCUUGACUUGAAAUGCUGUUUCCUCUUAUUUUAAAAUGUCUCAUUCCAGUCCUGCAGCGAGAUGCUCGGUACUAUAUUGGCAUACUGGUGUGUGCUUAGUCUAUGCUCAACUAAAUGUUUCUGCAACCGGAAAAACUAUGUUGGAAUGUGAAAUGAAACUUAGAUCAGUAUAGCGGGUUAGCAUGGAUGAACUGAAUAUAACACACGUAUAUCUGAUGCUAACAUGAUGUCAGCAGAUGUUGCAGCAAUCCUUAGUCACUGUAAGGAUUUAGAAACUUUACAGUACAACUCAUGAUGAUUUAAAUGGGCUGUUUUCUAACUUGAUCAGAAUUAAGCUGUGGAAUAUUUUAGGGUCUCCUCCGCUUUUGCUUUUUUUUUUUUUUUCCAUGAGACAAAUCGGAAAUGUUCUCUGGCCAGUUUAACAUCUACAGUCCUCGUGUUGCUUUGUACAAUGUGACUUGAAGCAUAAAAGAAUUUAAUAACGUCUUCCUUAAAGUGGGAAAAGAACUUUAUUUCUAGAUCUUGUCUGUGCUUUUUUUUUUUUUUUUUUGAACUGUUGAACUCUGGUCACCCAUUCAUUGACUGCCACUAAAUAUUUUGGUGAGUGAAUUAUUUUUUUUUGCAUCAAACCUUUGCACAAUAUUUAAUUUGAGGCCUGACCUACCGUAUUUGUAUUGUAAUAAAUUUCUACUGUUCCUCA